AUGCUCUUGACCGGUGAAUACAAAAUGACUGCUUGCCUGCCAUUACCUCCCACCACGUCAGUGAACAACACCAAAGCCAACAUGUCUACCUCGUCCAAGUCUCCAGACCGGGCUUCCGUCCAGCAGGUUGCCAAGAAGGCGCUCCAAACCAAGUCCGUCUCGGUCGAGAGAUUGGAGGGCAGUGUCUUUCGAACAUUCCGACUCCAACCACCUUCAGACUACUUUUACGUGCUAAGGUGCCGGCCAUCUUCUCAUGUGAGACUCCUUCGCCACGAAGAGGGACGAGUGCAAAUUGAAGCCUCGAUAUUGCAGACAUUACGAGGCCGAUCCGACAUCUUGAUUCCCAGGCUCAUCGAAUCACAUUCCACUUCGUCGACAAUCGGAAGCUACUACCUCAUCAGCGGGCCUUUCAGAGGUGCCAGCUUGGCGGAUAUCGAACCUCAGCUGUCAAGAGAUGCUCUUGCCAGCGUGGAUCGGAGUGUUGGACGCUACGUCCGUCAGCUCAAACGAUUGCCGCCGGGCAGGGCUUUUGGCGCCAUCACUCCCACGAGCGGCACGGCCCCUACCACAUCAUGGUACAGGUGCUUUGGCGGCAUGCUGGAGAAUCUCCUGCGGGAUGCCGAAGACGCACUCGUCAGUCUCCCGUAUGAGUUCAUUCGAGACCAAGUCCGACGACACCAGAAAGUUCUCGACCAGAUUACGGAGCCGAAAUUGACCUUGCUGGAAAUGUACACCGACAAGAACAUCGUCGUGGACACCAGCAGCUACACUGUCUCUGGACUCAUGGACUGGUCAUCGGCCAUGUGGGCGGAUCCUUACAUCUCGGAUUGCUUCUAUCGAUGCUCGUAUGGGUUUGAAAGUGGAUUUGGAUCCCUCCCGAAUCGCAAUACGGACGAAAGAAUUCGGCAGUAUCUGUAAGUGAAGUCUGAUCCGUCAUGUCGUAGCACCCUAGUUAGCUUGUUUUUUUUCUUACUAAUCCGAUCGAUCAGAUAUACCCUGUACCACGCCCUCGCAGCGGUUGUGCGACUCUGCUAUCGACCCUCCGAGGAUGGCGACGAGAUGGCCGCUCGGAGGGAUCUGACCGCCGCGCUGUCGAAAUUAUCGAGUCUCUCGCGAUAA